UUGCGUUUGAGAAAGAAAUUCUAAAAUAAUCAAUUCCAUUGAAACGUUCGAUUUGUCCAACGCUCCCUCAUAAAAUAAAUAAAUUUAUUAUUGAAAUUGAAAAUUAAAUUAAAUUUGCAUAAUCCCGAAUAUAUCGGAACAUUAAUGAAGCAUUUAAAUCAGUAAUUUAUUUCCCGAUUGUUACCAAAAGGUACGAUUCAUAGGAUUUUUCGGAAUGUAAUUGUUCAAGUCGAAAAUAUUUCGUACUAUUAAUCUUCGCGGCCGAUCAUUGCGCGACUUAUUCCAUUGGAAACAUAAGAUUUUCGUUAAUUAACGUCAUUUAAUCGUCGUAUAUCGAAUUAACGAAAAAGAAAAAGAAAAAAAAACAUUUCUAUCCCAUUGGCGCUCUAUUCCUCGUUGUUUCACGCACAUUGACGCACCUGGUGCGCGCGUGGUGCGUGCAACGAACGUUUCUCGCGAUGGUGCGUUGACCCUGCCCUGUCUCCCGCGCCAGAAACUCUUGCCGGAAAAAAAAGAAAAUUUUUUUAUCGUCGACAGAUAAGCCAAUGGAAACCUUGAAAAAAAUAUUACGUUCCCGACGCGGAAGUAACGAUAAACGAAAAUGCAUAAUAGAACAUAAAAAGAACAUAAUAAUAAUUAUCGCAAAGAUGUAGGGAGGGAGAAAAAAGAAAGAAAGAAAGAGAGAGAGAGAGAGAGAGAGAGAGAGAGAGAGAGGGACAAAGGAAAGAUAACGCACCUGUUUUUCUUGUGAUUUUCCAAGUCCAGCAACGAGCAACAGGAAGACAAUUAGUCGAUCAAACGAAGUCACUCGUUCCGUUCUCACUGUAUCUAUUUUUCUUGUCCACUGUAUUAUUCUUCGAUAUCAUACGAAAAGAAAAAUGCAGGUAAUCUUAUUCAAUGAGUCUAAAGGUGAGUGCAUUGUAGCUUUGAUUAUAGAAUCUAUCGUGUAUGUAACGAGACGUGCGAAUGGACGGACGGACGAACGUACAUACGUAUAAUUACUCAUGAAAUAAAGAACGAAGAAAAGAAGGGACAAAAAUAAAACAAACAAAAAAAGAAAUUAGAAAGAAAUGAAAUAACGAGCGAAAGGAAAAGCUUUUAACGCUUUCCUCUCCUUCUUGUAUCGCAAACGUACACGACGAUGCGCACCGGCGUCCUCGACGAAUACAACCGAGCCGUGGUUCGAAUGGAACUGAAAGGAGCGAGAGAGAACGUUUGAGAAUUGAGCGUGGCUGAAUUUCCGGACGCAGGGAGGCGCGCCGGUCAGUAUCAGCCACAGGUUGCGCUCCUCUCGUUCACGCAGGCCAGGCAUCUUCGUGGCCUGAUCCUUCGAAAGGAGGGAUACAGAAUUUACCUUAAAGAAAUUUCUGACAUCGUCCCAAUAUGCCAAGAUGGAUUCGAUGAGUUUUCACGGUGGUGUUAGCGAAACGAUUCUGUUCAAAGGAUGGCGAACAACCGAUUGGAUUGGCAUGGGUGGUUCCAUGAUCGGAAUUAUUCUGCUUACGAUGAUUUACGAAGGGCUAAAAAGUUAUCGUGAUCAUCUUUUUAAUUAUACAGCAUUGGUGAGCAAGAAUAUAAAAAAGACGAGGAUACAGAUGAUCUUUUCCAUGGUCCAUCUGGUUCAAGUGAUAUUACAUGUUUGCCAAAUGAUAAUAGGAUAUUUUUUAAUGCUCAUAUUUAUGACUUUUAAUGUCUGGUUGUGCAUCGCCGUGAUAAUUGGAACAGCGUUCGGUUAUUGGCUCUUCUCUUGGAAAAAAUUAAACAGUGACAAUGUAGAUUGUUGUUCGUGAUAAAACAAUUAUUUUCUAACUAACACCAUAAUUUAAUUGCAAUUAUUUCUACUAAUUAUUAUUUAUAUUAUUUCAUUAUUAUGUAAUGUUAUUAAAUAUUAAUGAUUCAUUUAAUAAUACAC